UGAGGAAAGUAGUGUUCGAGUCGGGCUGUGUACUGGCCGGACACGUCUCCAAAGCGGCCACCCUCUAUAUGACAGCUCUGUGGGGCAAGGUUGUGGGGAUGUCGCAUCGAUAUGUCUACACGUGGACUAAAGGAUCAUACAAGAUGUCGGGGAGUCGACUUCAGCAUAUGUGUCAGCUAGACAUAGAUGCAGACUGCCACGCCCUGAAGAGAACCAGUGUCAUCUGCUGCAUCGGUCCAUCAUGUGAUUCGGUUGACAUUCUUCAACAGCUGAUUGAGAAAGGAGUAAACAUCUGCUGUAUUAACAUGGCACAUGGGUCCCAACAACAACACCGGGAUACAGUUGACAAAAUACGAGAAGCCGAAAGCCUUGCGAACAAGAAACUCCCCAAAAGGGUUGCCAUAGCGAUAGACAUAUCUGGACCAGCCAUCCACAUAGGCAAGUUAAGAUCGGAACUUGGAGGCUCGAUGGUUCUGAAGGGAGGAGACGAGGUGAGACUGACUGGGGACGCCACCUAUAGGGAUUCAUGUGAUGCAGAGCACAUCUACGUCGACAGGGACGAGUUGAUCAGAAGAGCUGUUGUUGGAGACACCAUCUUCCUUGAAGACGGCCCACUCAGUAUCACAGUGAAACACAAAGGCCCCGGGUACCUGGACUGUACUGUGGAGACAGAGGGGGUGCUGCAGGACUACGACGAGUGCCACUUGCCAGGGAUGUUGUCUGGGAAACAAACGUUGGCAGACAAAGAUGUGGAUGACAUUGUAUUUGCACUGAGAAAUGAGAUAGAUAUGAUCUUCAUAUCGUGGGUGUGGAGCUCAAGGAUUGUACAGCUGGUGAGAAGAGAACUGGGAAUCAAGGCUGACGAGGUCAAGGUCAUUGCCAAAAUUGAAAACUAUGAGGGCGUGAAGCGGUAUGACGAGAUCUUGAAAGUUUCUGAUGGGACCAUUGUUGCUAGGGGCAACCUCGGUGUAGAUCUACCGCCAGAGAAAGUGUUCCUUGCACAGAAGCUUAUGAUUGGUCGGGCUCGUCGAGCGGGGAAACCAGUCAUCUGUGCAUCACAGAUGUUACAGAGCAUGGUGCGUAAUCCUCGACCAACCCGCGCUGAAGCAGGAGACGUUGCUAACGCCAUCCUUGAUGGAGUAGACUGCGUGAUGCUGUCUGGGGAGACAGCCAUCGGGAAGCAUCCAAUCAAAGCUGUGGAAACGCUGGUUGCUGUAUGUCAGGAGUCAGAAGCAGCUGUUGCCACGGAAACAUUGUUCCGCACCCUGCGUCAGGUGACAACCCUGCAGCAGGAUUACACCCACACUGUUGCCAGGACAGCCGUUGAGACCGCCAUCAGGUCGGGAGCAGCAGCCAUUUUGAUUCUCACCAGCUCUGGGCGAUCAGCCAGCCUGAUAGCCCACUACCGUCCUCCAUGUCAUAUAGUAGCCAUCACACGGGCGCCUCAAGUAGCUCGAAGUCUGAACCUACACUGGGGCAUGUUACCUGUCCUGUAUGAAGAAGACGAAGUUGAAAGUUGGGCCGAAGACAUCGAUCGUAGGAUUCAUCACGGUAUUCUCAUAUCUGCCGACCAUGGUAUAAUCAAAACAGGUGAUAUGAUUGCCCUGGUAACCGGGAUGAGUCCAGGAAGUGGUUUCACAAACUCGGUCAGGCUGCUAGUUGUUCCAGAGCUGGACAAACUUCAGCCAAUCACAAACAUCCUGUGACUGAAUCCUGUAUGUGGGUCACAUGACCAGUGGAUUCCGGGAUUGAGCGAGUGGCUUCUAUUUUAGUGAGUGAGUGUUAUUUACACUACAGUCAUUAACACUCAAACUGUGUCACGUUGACCUGGAAACAAUGGACCAACCAAACUAGUGGCUGACAGUGCGAGCAACAAUCCAAAUCGUCAUGACGAUGACAGGCGAAUACCAGAACUGCUCAUUCCACUGAAAUUACAACGAACAACCAGCACUGGGGACCAACUCUAUUCUGGGAGCAACAAUGGAAGGGCUUGUUUGAUGUGAAACUCUGCACUCAGCACGGUUCCAGCAGUAUAUGGACCAGACAAUUCAGUGAUUGAUAUCACCCUAUGGACCAAGUCAGCCAGUCUGACCACCAGAUCCAAGUCGCCUCUUACGAGGUCCUGGGGACCUAUCCUAACCUAUCACUGCAGGGUGACAUAUGCUAUAUUUGGGAUUACACUUUCUCAGUAUAGUACAGAUUCUUGUACUUUUGUUAAGUGGAGUCCCAUUCGGGAUUCGAACCCAC